AUGCUGGCCCCCUCCUCCCGUCUCCUGCAGAAGAGACGGGAAGCCAUGGAGGUCAACAAUGCUAUGACGCUGCAAAGAGAGGAUUUUGAGUCAACUCUCAGAGCCCUGAGAAUCCGCAAGGAUGAGCUCAUAGAGAAGGAGGGCCAGAUGAAGGAAUAUCUGCAGAAAUUUGACAACUUUCUGAAGGAGAACGAGGUGAAACGAUGUCGAGCUGUUAGGAAGGCCGGCCGAGAGAGGGAACUGACCAAUCAGAAGCAGGUGGACCUGCUCACUCUCCAGGAGGAGACGAAAGCUCUCGUCAAAGAGAGGGACCGUCUGGAGAAACGAGUGCAGAAGAAUGCCAUAUACCCCCAUUACCUUGAUAAAGUGGUACAGGCCAGUGAACAGUUUCAGGAGGCCAGACAGGUGAUGUCUCGCUACGACACGUUGAUGCUGACCCGGGAGGACCUGGUACGGACCACCCAGCAGAACCAGGACAGCACAGAGAAUGCCCGGGCCCAGCUGGCCCGCUUCACAGAGCAGAGCAAUGACACCCUGCUGCACUACAACAACACUCUGGCCCAGCUACAGAGCCAGCUGGACAAGGCCCGUGCUGAGGGCAUGAUUUGGGAAUCGAGAUGGGCACACAUUCAGAACACAGCUGCCAAGAAGACACUGCUGUUGGGCACAAUCAAGAUGGCCACUCUUAAUCUGUACCAGUGUGUGUGCAAGAGAGCGAAAGACACUGGGGAAUCGCCUAUUGCUCCAGAGGACACUAUUAAGCAGCUGGAGAAGGUAUUCAGAGGGCAUUUCCACUAG